GCAAAAAAGAUCAUCGAUGGCUAUGCUCAAAGGCUCAGCAAUCGCCUUCCUUGUGAGCUGCGUCUCAUGCUACCUGAUCUCGGUCCCUUCCCUAGCUUCCUCUGAUGAGUUCCUGCAAUGCCUACGGGAGAAGAUACCUAGCGAGCUCGUCUACGCGCAGAGCUCCAGCAACUUCACCGACGUGCUGGUCUCCUCCAUCAAGAACCCCAAGUUCUUCACCAACGCCACCGUGAAGCCGGUCUGCAUCGUCACGCCGAGCGACGCCUCCCACGUCCAGGCCGCUGUGCUGUGCGGCCGCAAGCUGAACGUGCGUCUCCGCGUGCGCAGCGGCGGUCACGACUACGAGGGCCUGUCCUACCGGUCGGCAUGUCCCUACGAGGUGUUCGGGGUGGUCGACCUCGCCAAGCUCCGGGCCGUCAGCGUCAACCAGUCCGAGUCCACGGCUUGGGUCGGCUCCGGCGCGACCAUCGGGGAGCUGUACUACGCCAUCGCGAAGAACAACUCGCAGGUCGCGUUCCCGGCGGGGGAGUGCCCGACCAUCGGCGUGGGCGGCCACUUCAGCGGCGGAGGCGUCGGGAUGAUCAUGCGCAAGCAUGGCCUCUCCAUCGACAAGGUCGUCGACGCCAAACUGGUCAACGCCAACGGGGAACUCCUGGACAGGGCCGGCAUGGGGGAGGACCUCUUCUGGGCCAUCCGAGGCGGCGGCGGCGGGAGCUUCGGCGUCGUGCUCUCCUGGAAGGUCCAGCUCGUGCAGGUCCCGCCGACGGUGACGGUGUUCAGCAUCGGGAAGACCCUUGAGCAGGGCGCCAUAGACAUCCUCACCAAAUGGCAAGACGUCGGGCCAUCGCUCCCCUCCGACCUCAACUUAAAGGUGAAAGUGCAGGGGCAGGAAGCACUGUUCAUGGCCCUGUACCUCGGCACGUGCAGCUCCCUCGUGUCGACGAUGGACGAGCAGUUCCCGGAGCUCAACAUGACGAGCACCGACUGCCGGACGAUGACCUGGCUCGAGUCCGCGGCCCUGUCAUUCACGGACAUGAGCAGCACCGGCACGGUUGAGGACGCGCUCCUGAGCAGGGCCCCCAGCAUGAGCAUCUUCACCAAGGGCAAGUCCGAUUACGUCCGGCGCGCCAUCUCCAAGGACGCGUGGAAGAGCAUCUUCUCAUGGUUCGCGAUGAACGGCUCCGGGCUCAUCAUGCUGGAGCCCCACGGCGGGUUCAUGGACACCGUCCCCGCCGCCGCGACGCCGUACCCGCACCGCUGCGGGGUGCUGUACGUCAUCCAGUACAUCGUGUUCUGGCAGGGCGACGGCGGUGCGCCGGCUACGACCUGGCUCGCCAAGUUUUACGACUUCAUGGGGCACCACGUGAGCAAGAAGCCGAGGCAGGCGUACGUCAACUUCCGGGACCUCGACAUCGGCCAGAACCCGGCGGUGGUGGACGGCAACGUAAGCACGUUCGAGAGCGGCAAGGCCUGGGGCGAGCGGUACUUCAUGGACAACUACCAUAGGCUUGCGUCCGUGAAGGCGGCCGUGGAUCCGACAGACUACUUCAGAAACGAGCAGAGCGUCCCGCCGCUGCUCCAUGGAAGCAAGUGAUGAGCUGAGUGCAUGUUUGCAUCCGAGUGAUCCGAUUAGUGAGCUCCAUCCUUCCUGCCUGAUGAUUACUAGUCCAGAUUAGUUUACGAGUUACCGAAUAAACGAGAUCAGGUCGUAUUUUGUCGUUCGUGAUGACUACUGGUUUUGAUAGUGUUUACUUUGUGAUGACUACUGGUUUAUAUAGUGUUUACUUUCCUGAAGAAAUGAGUCGUAGUUGGCUGGAUUGCGGCAUGCGAG